GCGGUGCGCCUAUCAGAGCGCGCGCUCCUCAGCGACUCGGCCAAUCCGGAGGAGAAUCGACUGGUGCCUACCCUCCCGAAGAGUUGGGAAUGUCCUACAAACCCAUCGCUCCAGCGCCGACCAGCACAAGCGGCUCCACUGCGCAGGGGCCCGGCACUCCCAUCCCUUCAGCCACGAGUGUCCCCUCCCCCUCGGGCUCAGUCCCUGGAGCCGCUGCCCCCUUCCGCCCCCUCUUCAAUGACUUCGGGCCUCCUUCCAUGGGUUAUGUGCAGGCUAUGAAGCCCCCUGGCUCCCAGGGCUCCCAGAGCACCUAUACAGACCUGCUGUCUGUCAUUGAAGAGAUGGGUAAGGAGAUCCGGCCCACCUACGCUGGCAGCAAGAGCGCCAUGGAGCGACUGAAGCGAGGCAUUAUCCACGCCCGGGCGCUGGUCAGAGAGUGCCUGGCAGAGACAGAGCGCAACGCCCGCACGUAACAGCGUGCCGCCCCCUCUGCCCUAUGGACCUUCCCACCUCUUUGCAUCGCCUUUUGGAGCAGAGCCCCUCCCCUCGUGCCCUUCUUUUCUUCCUGACCUCCCAUCCUGUGACCGACAGCCACACGGGAUGGGAUGGGAGACCCUGGAGCCAGUGCCAGGCAGAAACAGUGGAGCUGAUGCCUCUAGGCCUCCCUCGGUCGCCCUGUAGCCAGUGGGUGCUGGAGAGUCCUUGGUCCAGGCCGUCCUCCCCACCCCCAGCGCAGCACUGACCUUCGGCCCCCAUCCCCCUUUGUCCCACGCUGGAACUCCUCCCUCUUCUGGCUGGGGCCUCCCUGGCACCCACCACCUCCCAGCCCUGCCUCUGGGCUGUUCGAGGUGGUGCCUUUUCUCAGCGUCUUUUACUAAAAUGCUCUUUUUCUAUAAAUAAAGGGAGAUUUGGAGUUGUUCUCUGCA